UCACCUUUUAUUUGUGAAGAAAUUAUUUUUUAUCCGGGUUUGAGUUGUCUUCCUGCUUUGCGACCAUCUCCCCUACUUCCCUAUUGUAAACGAUACUGGUGCGUGAUGAGGCUGUAUCUUAUGACGAUACUUGGUCAAUAUGCAGGAAUAUUGACAAACGCCUUAACAACAAGAAUGGAUACUUCUACUGAAACACCAAUGGCAACUUUUACGACUACUGCAUCUACAGAUCCAUCAACGGCGUCAGCAAUUACCACGUCUCCACACUCGACAUUUAGCACUACGGAUGCUACAUCUUAUACGACCACUACAUCUACCGAUCUAUCAACGGCUGCAACAAUUACAACGUCUUCACACUCGACAUUUAGCACCACGGAUGCUACAACUUAUACGCCCACUACAUCUUCUGAUUCAUCAACGGCGUCAGCAAUUACAACGACUCCGCAUUCGACAUUUAGCACAUCGGAAGCUACAACUUAUACGACCACUUCAUCUACAGAUCCAUUAACGGCGUCAGCAAUUACAAUGUCUCCACACUCGACAUUUAGCACCACGGAUGCUACAACUUUUACGAUCACUACAUCUACUGAUCCAUCAACAGCGUCAGCAUUUUCAACGACUCCGCAUUCGACAUUUAGCACCACGGAAACUACUAAAACAUCGAGAGAGUCAUCACCAAUGUUAGCUGAUAGUAAAACAACUGAAAUAAUAUCAACAGCAAUGGAGACAAGAACGAUGAAAAUAUCUAGUUCGACACCAGAAAGCACAAUGUUAACAGAAACAACAAUGGAACCGAAUAAAACGGGCAGUCCCACUGUAACAGAAAAAACGAACACAUCGAAUGACGUGAUAAUAGCUGUGGUUGUUGCUGUGUUACUUAUAGUGCUGCUGAUUGCAACGAUUGGUGGUUUUCUUCUAUUUAGAUACUUCAAGAAAAAAAGAGCUGAAAGAAAAAAGAAAUUUUCUCAUGUUGAUUUGUAUAUAAACACGUCAUAUGUCGAAGAUGAGUUUAAUUAUGAAAAAUUUGUGAACGAUGCAAUAGGUGAUCAUGACAAUUACGAUGACUUAAAUCUCAGAACGAGUCCACCCGGAAGUGCAGCUACUGAAAUUGAGCAGUUGGAUUUUAACCCGAGAAGAUCUAAUGUUUACGACAAUUUAAAAAAAGACAAAGAGACAAAUCCAUAUGCUAAUACAGGCACAGUUCAACAGGACACUAAUCCGUAUGCUAAUAGUGACGUUACAAAGGACAGAAAUAUUCCACGCUCUAAAUAUCCAAUGAUGUCAUCGUUUAAAGAUGAUACAGUAUAGAUAACAAAUUUAUGCAUUGUAGGAUUUAUUGUCAUAAAAAUAUGGGUAUUUUGUAAAAACUUAAUCCGUCGAAAUGUAUAUAGUUCGUAUUCAGUCCGUAGUGAUUAUCAUGUAUUUCAUUAUUUUAAGAAUAAAAGAAGAUGCAAUCAUUUUGCCAGCAGACUUAUAUGCGACAACCUCCUACUAUAUUCUAAGUUGUUGCAAAAGUUGUGUGCUUUUGCGAUUGAAAGACCAAAUAUACAGUAAUUUUUUGACGACAUAUAUUGAUUUACUGAACAUCAACUUGAUGAAUAUACAAGUUUUUGCUUACACCGCUUAGCAUAUACAAUCAAGAUGCAGAUUUCGAAAUUACUUGUAAUCACAGGACACAUUUAUCCUUUUUAUAAUCAGAUAUAAAAUUGAGAAUUGAAAUGGGGAAUGUGUCAAAGAGACAACAACCCGACCAAAUAGCAGAAAACAGCCGAAGGCCACCAAUGGGUCUUCAACACAGCGAGAAAAUCCCGCACCCGGAGGCGGGCUUCAGCUGGCCCCUAAAUAAAAAUGUGUACUAGUUCAAUGAAAGUGGACGUCACACUAAACUCCAAAACAUAUAAAUGAACUAAAAUUAAAAACAUACAAGAUUUACACAGGCGCAAAAAUGCGGCGGGGUUUAACAUGUUUUGUGAGAUCUCAACCCUCCCCUAUACUCUAGCCAAUAUUGAAUAAACAAACACACAGCAAUACGCACAGUAAAACUCAGUUUAAAAGAAGUCCGAGUCCGAUGUCAGAAUAGGUAACAAAAGAAACUAAGCAAAAUGACAAUGAGACAUAAAUUAACAAAGGACUACUAGCAGUUACUGACAUGCCAGCUCCAGCAGACCUCAAUUAAACUGAUUGAAAGAGUAUGUCUUCAUCAUAUGAAAACCAAGCACAAUCCCUCCCGUUAGGGGUUUAGUAUCAUACUAUCAUAAAAUAAACGAGAAGAUCAUAACCCGUAUCAUGCCAACAACUGGUUUUAUGAUAAAUGUGUUUAUUUCCGAUGCAAAGACCCUAUGAGUGAAUCAAUAUUAAUACCAAAAUAUGCCAUCUUUAAUGACCUGACAACAGGUAUGUUUAUGUUGCAAUAAAGUAACGAGAAUAAAGGGGAAAAAGUAACCAGCAUAUGAACUACAAAAGAAUUAGAAGCAAUUAAUUUUAAAAGUUCGGAAUAUUCCUCAUCCCAUUCAGGGAUAUAGGAUCGGCGAGGGGGUCUCUUGGGGAUCUCGCUGUGUUGAAGACCCAUUGGUGGCCUUUGGCUGUUUUUCUGCUCUUUGGUCGGGUUGUUGUCUCUUUGACGCAUUCCCCGUUUCCAUUCUCAACUUUAUUAUCAUAAGUUCUUAUUUACAGAGUUGUCAACAAUUUGCUGUAAUUUCUCAUUUUUUGAACACCUGUAUACACACUAUGUAGGUAAGUAAGUAAGUAGAUGAUUUAUUAUAGUGACAUGUGUAGAAUAACUAAUAUUACAUAUUAUCAAUACAAUAAUCCUUUUGAGUUACACCUGAUCUUCAUAUAUUUAAAAACUAUAUGCACAUAUUUUCAAUAAGCAAUUGUGAAUAUUUUCUUGUAAAGAAGGUCUAUCCUUUUGAAGAUUUUUUUUAAAUAUUUGACAGUUUGUCUUUGGUAUAAUAUCAUCAAAUUAACAAAUGUUCUAUCAUCAAUAUUAUUAUCCUCUUGCCGACUUGUUCCUUUAUUCAUACAGGAACUUCUUAGGAAGAAUAAAAGGAAGUAAGCAGUGUCCUUUAACUUCACUUUCCGCUAUAUAUAGAUGAUGUUAUCUCCACGGUGGGUAAGGUUGUCCUGCGAGAGAACGUUCUGUGCUGGUGAUUCGGUCCUGACUGGUGCUGGUGGGUCCUGAUUCUGUGCUGGUGGGUUUGUUUACAUUGUACCAGAACGGCAAUAAAACAACCGUUCUGUUGCUAAAUUUUUCUCUGUACUUCCUAAGUACCAUGCGAGGAAUAUUACAACGAUCUUUUAUUGAAAAAGUUGUGCAAAUUCGCCAAACAAAAUUGUCCUGACGAUGUGCUGGUGAUUAGAAAAAUGGUCCUGGUUCUGUGCACCUAUGUCCUGGUUCUGUGCCUUUAUAUUUUAGUUAAAAGUGGCAAAUAUUCAAGAUCAUUGAUGUAGAAAAUUUGUAUAAUUAAUAGAAAAUAUACCUUGCAUGUAUUUGGUGGAUAUUUCAUAUGAGCUAAGUUAAGUCUGUUUUUUUUUUUAUUUGAUUUUUGAGAGGGGGUGCAAAAUCUUUCUGUUGAGGUGUUUUGGCCUUUUAUAAACUUUUGUUAACUGUUAUUUUGAAGAUAUAUGUGCUGUUAACUGUUAUUUUGAAGAUAUAUGUGCUGUUAACUGUUAUUGACUAAUUAGCUGUUAUCUGUUUUCUUAAAAUUGACAUUGU